UCCAUCAGCUUAUUUGUCAAUGGUAACACAUAUAUUCAUAAAGCAGAUUUGGUUUUUGUAGGGUUCUAAAAAGGCUGCACCCAAGCUGAAAAGGCGAAGCCUUGAUCCCGAAGAGAUAUAUACAAGUUUACAUACAUGGCCACAUCCUCGUGCUGGGGUAAAAGGAAACGAUGAUGAUAAAGAAUCAGUUUCUGGGAAUUGGAAUAGUAGAAGCAUGAAUAGGGAUGAGAACCUAAUAACUGAUGAGAGCGUCACGGGACAGUCAGAAGUAGAAAGCAAACAGUCGUAUUCUCCAUUGUUAAGUGUGGAGGUGGCCACCACAUUCACAAAUGACUCUGAUGAGCUUGAGUUAACAACUAGUGAAUGUUCAGAACCAGACAUGAAUUGGCAAUCCCAUUUACCGAAAACAACCGCCAUUUCCAAUGCAUUAGCGUCUAGACCAAAUAAAUCAACUCAUCAUAAACAAGCAAAGAACUUAGAAACCAGGAGUAUGAUCUCAUCGUCAACAAGGAAACAACCUAACUUAGUUAGUCAAUCAAGAAAGCAUUCAGGAUCAAUUGAUGCUAAAAGAAGAAGUGGAAAUGCCAAGUGAAAAAGCUGCUCCAAGGGACAAAGAUCCUAUUUUAUUGCCCCACUGCCUUAACAAUUUUUGUGUAUAUAUAAUUUAGCUGUAAAGAGAAAUGAGUGAGGUUUUAAAUUUUUUUUUUUCAACAUUAGAAGGGUUGUAAAAUAGUUGCAUGUGUUUUCUGGUGUGAUCAUGAGAUGCCAUCCCAAAUCAAUCUGUUUAUAGGGAUUUGAUUGCUGUACAAAAAAGAAAAAGAAAAAGGAAACAAUUCACCUAUAA